UGUCACAGCAACAAUUGCGCAAAAGUUAUUACAUACUCAAAAACGGCCAAAACUGUAUCGACAUUAUUAACAACUAACAUUGCUUCAACGUGCGGUUAUUCAAGAGUCUAAUUGACGUCUCGCCAAAACGAAUGGAGAUUUARAGUUCUUUGUUGAAACAACGUUUUGUCAAAAACUGAUAAAUAUCCGAACCAAAGAAGUCAUUAACUCUGGAAGCUCUUACGAUAAUAGCCAAGGAAUAUUAUACAAAGAAGAUCACUUUUCCGGUUUCUUUGAAAAGCAGAAAGGAAGGACAUUGUUUUUAAAAAACACUUUGAAGAGCCGGGUACAGAAAAACGUUGUACAAGCACUUUUGGCUGGAGUGGCUAACACAGAAAAACCAAAGGAGCACCAAAGAGCUGAGAGUUUGGAAAUUUCAGUACAUUUUCAGCUCCAGACUUUUCAGUUUGCUGCACUUCUUGUCUGAAUUAUUGAUGAUGUGGAGCGACUUGCUUGAGAAUAAUUAAMCACUGAGACGGUCGCUCGGAAACGAACGCCAGAACCUGUAAAACACAAGAAAAAACAGUGUAAGACCAUUAAAAAAAGAAACGAUACACUCCAGAGAAAAUCUUCAAAAAAGAACAAUAUUUGUACAAUCAAUUUGUUUCUAGGCAGUGGGAGCUGAUAAGAAAUAUCAACGAAAGACUAAAAGUCUAUGUUUUUUCCAUAACGAUGUGUGGUAUUUAAGUUAUUGCUCAUCUCAAGGUAUUGUGGCUGUCAUUUAUGGCCCCAGGAAGUCAUUGCUGACAAGUUUKGAUAUUAAAUUUCCCUACAUCACGCGACAAGUGAGUUUUAUAUCGAAUUUUCAAUCACAAAACCCUGGUAUAUAUGAAGCAAACACGAUGAAUAACAACCCUCCAAGACAACCRCUUAUAAGAAUMAGUAAAAAUGGCGAAAUGAGGCUUAAGAACAAGGUUAGUGUGGCCAUUUUAAAGGARAAUGCGUACGAAGAAAGAUCUUUAGGAACACAGCUCAUGACUUUGAAAAARCACCAAGCAAGACAGGACAARUAUAUGACUUACAGACAGCUUGAAUUCGCUACGAAACAGAUUGCUGUCUCAGAGGAAAGGCCYGUAACUAUUGCAGUCGAUACACGAAGGCAAAGUGGCCUUCAAGGCCAAAGUGGACUGCCACCAAUACAGACUGUCGCAGCAAGGAGACAAACUUCAAUGUUCACAACUCAAGAAUUUGGUAAAGUAGAAACAGAUCCUAACAGAAGAACUCAAGGYAAUUGGGAGAAGGCUGUCACGAUGGUGCGAAUGGCCGUUCAAAAUCGCAAGCCAGAUGAAUUCACAAAGAAACAGGAAAAAACAUUUAUUACGAGACAGUUUGAAGAUGAAGAACACUGUGCGGGAAACUUAGACGAUACGACAUUGCCUCCKCUAUCACACGAGAGGCCGACACGUGCUAAAAAAGGACAAAAAAUUUCAAGRCGUUUAACUUUUCCCGAAAUGAUCAAAGUGUCUCGAGAAAAGUCCAUGAUUGGGCUUCAAGAUCCAAGGUUUUUGRAGCUMGAAUCGUGUCUYGGUGGKGAACAGAAUGCAAAAAGCGCGCGCGGUCGACUAAUGACMACAAGAAGCAUAGACACUAACGCAACUAGCGAUCCUCUUCGCAAACGUAAGCUGAAAACGUCAUGAAAAUCCCCCAAAAAAUAAGAAAUAAACUCGCAGUUWAUGUAACAUAUAAAUAUACUGAAUUUUAAUCGAUGCGUGAGCCAAAAUAAAUUCAAAGUCUUAUACAAUUAAGAUGAGUAAAUAAAUCAGGAUUUGUGUU